UCAAGUCUAUAAACAUAAUUAUUUUUGUUUUUAUGGCAACAGAUGGAAAACACCAGCUGGACCAGUGUGUCCCAUUUUGUUCUCUUGGGCAUUUCUACCUGCCCAGAAGAGCAGAUCCCACUCUUUCUUCUUUUUCUACUCAUGUACACAAUCAACAUUUCUGGCAACUUUGUCAUCAUCACACUGAUUAUCUCUGCUCCACACCUCCGCUCCCCCAUGUACAUCUUCCUCAGUAACUUGGCUUUGGCAGACAUUUGCUUCACCUCCACCACAGUCCCCAAGAUGCUGCAGAACAUUUUCUCCCCUACAAAGGCCAUUUCCUACAUUGGCUGCUUAGCCCAGACUUAUUUCUUCAUUUGCUUUGCAGCUAUGGAAAACUUUAUCCUGGCUAUGAUGGCCUAUGACAGGUAUAUUGCUAUCUGCCAUCCUUUCCGCUAUCCUAUGAUCCUGACCAGAAUACUGUGUGUGCAGAUGGUGGCCAUGUGCCAUGUCUUCUCUAACCUUCAUGCUCUGCUGCACACCUUUCUCAUGGGCCGACUGAUUUUCUGUGCAGAUAACAAGAUCCCCCACUUCUUUUGUGACCUCUACCCUCUAAUGAAGAUCUCCUGCACCAGCACUCACCUCAACACCCUGAUGAUUCACACAGAAGGUGUUAUUGUCAUCAGUGGAGCUCUGGCCUUCAUAAUGGCAUCUUAUGCCUGCAUCAUAUCAGUGGUCCUCCAGAUCCCCUCAGCCAAGGGCAAGUGGAGAGCCUUUUCUACCUGUGGCUCCCACCUCACUGUGGUUGCCAUAUUCUACGGCACCCUCACAUGGGUCUACUUCCGGCCUCUUUCCAGCUAUUCAGUGAUCAAGAGUCGUACUGUAACAGCCAUGUAUACUGUGGUGACUCCCAUGCUGAACCCUUUCAUCUACAGCCUCAGGAAUAGAGAUGUCAAGUUAGCCUUCAAGAAAUGGAUAAGUAGAAUAGAGACUCCUUUCUUUAGAUAAAACCCCAAAAUACAGUUUUAUCUAUAAUUCUGGGGAAACAUUUUUGUAUCUUA